GCGCUGGGCGGGGCGGACCCGAGGGCGGCGAGGCGCCUUUGCUCCGUGUGUCUGCAAAGGGUGCAGGCAUGGCCCCGACCCGCGCCGGACCGCUUUCCUUAGCUUGCGUCGGCCUGGUCUGGGUUACUAUUCUGAUUUCAGGAAACCGUGCACCCCGUAGAUCCCGGAUCCCAGGACUGCUGGCGGCGUCCCGAACUCUCUGGACCAGAUGGCGGACCUCCGUCCAGAUUCUGCAUCCGAGCCCGAGUCGGUGUUCCCGCGGGAGGUCGGACUCUUCGCCGACUCUUACUCGGAGAGGAGCCGGUUCUGUUUCUGUGGGCACGUGCUGAGCAUCACGCAGAACUUCGGGUCCCGCCUCGGGGUGGCAGCGCGCGUGUGGGACGCGGCUGUGAGUCUGUGCAACUAUUUCGAAAAUCAAAAUGUGGAUUUCCGAGACAAGAAGGUGAUCGAACUGGGUGCGGGGACCGGCAUCGUGGGAAUCUUGGCAGCGCUGCAGGGGGGGGAUGUUACCAUCACUGACCUGCCCCUGGCCCUAGAACAGAUCCAGGGGAACGUCCAGGCCAAUGUGCCAGCUGGAGGCCGGGCCCGGGUCCGCGCUUUGUCCUGGGGGAUUGACCAGCAUGUCUUCCCUGGCGAUUAUGACCUCGUGUUGGGGGCUGAUAUCGUGUAUCUGGAGCCCACCUUCCCACUGCUGCUGGGGACCCUCCAACACCUGUGCGGGCCCCAUGGCACCAUCUAUCUGGCCUCCAAGAUGAGAGAGGAGCAUGGGACAGAGAGCUUCUUUCAGCACCUCCUGCCCCAGCAUUUCCAACUGGAGCUGGCCCAGCGGUAUGAGGAUGAAAAUGUCAACAUCUAUAGGGCCUGGCAUAGGGAUCCAAAGCCUGCUUGAUGUCACCCUCCUGCUUCUCGGAAUCCCUUGUCCUAAUGAAGGAACUGCCAUAUCUCCAAAGUCAGAAACAUAAGGACCUAAAAGGAUGGAUUUCCCUUGCCUCUCUCUUUCCUCUUUUCCUCUGUUCCCUCGGGUACCCUUGGGCAGGUGCAGGGACGUGACUGCUUGUUAAGAAUCCUAGAGCCCUAGCAGCACUGGGUUAGAGCAUAAAGGAAGUUCCUAGCUCUUGUUCUCAGCAAAGGAUGAUGAUGGGAGGGUAUCCAGGGUUUUUAGGGGAAGGGGGGAUAAAUGAAAUGUGAGAGCAGUGGCUGCAGAGAGAUGGUCACUGAUCACUUCCAGUCCUGCUGUUGUCUUUUUAUAAUUUUUUUUAAAGGAAAAGAAACAUGAGCACUAAAGAUCUCUUCUACAUCCAAAGAACUCAAGCUUUUGUUGGGGGGCUGGGAAGUAAGAAGCCUCAGACCACGCAUUUGCUUCUAGAGAUAGCCUGGUGGGACCAUGACUCUAACUGGGUCAACUCCCAGGCCUGAAGCUGGGGGUAGGCAGCAGAGCUGUCCUUUGGUCUGUAAUUUCAUCCUUUUUGGAGCUGGGGCCCUAAUCACUAAGUUCUUGGUUCUUCUGUUUAUUUUUCUUUAGGUUUCCAAGCCCUGUUGGUCCUUUCUUCCCUGGUGAUCUUUCCUUCCUUCACCUCUUUUCUCUUCCCACUGUAGUAACUCUGGUUGGGGCUAUCCUUACUUGUUGAGCCACAUAUCACUUCCUCUGGACUCCUGGUCUCCAACUCAUGGUCUUCCAAAAUCAUCUCUGAUUAGCUUCUGCUGCCUACAGAAGCAAGAAUAAGCUCCUCUGCUUGGUACUCAGUCUAUCUCGUGUAAUCCCAAAUUUCCAUCUACUUCAUUUCCCACUGGUUUCCAAAAUGUAUUGCAACCUCAGACCAAAUUACAAAAGGUCUACUCUUUGUUCCUUAAACACACACCAAGAUUCCCUGACUUCUUUCUUCAUUCUCUGAUGAUUCCCUCCCUGGAAGGGCUAUUUCUAUCUGUCAAAAUCUUCAUUACUCUUAGCCUGAAAAGAGCUUUUCCUGAGCCUUCUGUUUGGAUGUGUUUUCUUUCUCUUUUGACACCCUUUAACUUCAUCUAAUGAGAUUUGUCUUGUGUGGUCAUGUGUCUGCUCCCUAUUUUCUCACUAUUAGAUUACUUUGGAGGGUAGGGCUGUAAUUUAUUAUCUGUAAUUCCCUGAAGCCUCCUAGCAUAGUUCCUGGCACACCGUAGUGUUCAACAAAUAUUUUGUUCAUUCAACAAAUAUUUAUUGGGUUUGUUGACGGGAUUAGGCCCCUAUCUCCCUUGGCGACCUCUGGCAAAUUUCUGAACCCACCCACCUAUCUCAUAAUUUUGUCUUGACUCAUAAAUGGAUAAUGGAUAUGAAAGAGCCUUGGAAAUAAAGAAACAAAGUAUUACCACA